AUGGCAACUUUGGUGCAAGCCCCAGACCCGGUUCCUACGGGCAGUGAUAUCCCGACCUACCAUCAGGUCCCAGAGACCUCUUUUGAUUUGGACUGGGCGGACCUCGCCACCUUGGAUCUGUCUCAGUUUGAUCGUCCUGGUGGUAAGGAGCAGUUAGCCAAACAACUUUUUGAAGCUAUCCAGAAGAUAGGCUUUUUUUAUAUCAUCAACUUUGGCCUCUCGCAGGAAGAUGUUGACCGCCAAUUCUCUAUUGGCCAGCAGCUCUUCAAGCUCCCACUCGAGGAGAAACUCAAAUAUCGUGCCGAGCUUGAGAAAGGUGGCUACAAUGGCUACAAGCCAGCGGGUCUCCGCGAAAUCAGUCCGGGUGUUUUUGACAAUACCGAAAUCUACAACAUUCCAAAAUUCAUUCCCGCCCUUGAACGUCCCCAACCGGACAUUGUGAAUAAUAAUCGCCCUAUAAUCGAGAAUUUCGCACGCCAUAUCAAUGACGAAGUUGUGCGCAAACUCCUCACGCUCUUCGCCAUCAUCCUCGAGUUACCCGAGGACUAUUUCCUCAACGUGCAUCGAUACGACAAGAAGAGCGACUGCCAUCUGCGGUACAUGAAGUACCACCGACGUACUGAUGAGGAGAACGAGAAGAUUUCCGGCAUUUGGGCCAAGGGUCAUACCGACUUUGGCAGCUUAACAUUGCUGUUCCGCCAACCAGUGGCCGCGCUGCAGGUCCGCACCCCUGAGGGCGAGUGGAAGUGGGUUAAGCCGUAUCCGGGGAGCAUCACGGUGAAUCUCGCCGACUCUCUCCAAUUCCUCACCAAUGGCUUCCUCAAGAGCAGUAUACACCGUGUCGUCGCACCCCCACCCGAUCAGAGGGACGUCGACCGCCUUGGUGUUUUGUACUUUGUCCGACCAGAGGAUGAUCUCGAGCUACGGCCAGUGGUGAGUGAAGUACUGAAUCGCUUGGGAUAUGAUCAAACGACCGAUAAUAGUGCGGUCGGAAUUACUGCUGGCGAGUGGGUGAAGGCUAGAGUGGCCAGGGGAGUGGACAAAGGUUCGGUACGGAGUGAAAUUGGAGAGCAGCCUAUCAUCGGUGGAGUAGUAGCUAAGUAUUACGAUUAG